CUUGCGUCGGAAGCAACAAGUGGCAUAAGCUUUUGCACUUAUGAUUUGGACUUCGAGCCAGAAUCAUCUCCUACGAUGGUCGAUUUAUUUGAUAUUUCUCACAUUAAUAAAAACAACUACCAGCCAACAUGAAAAAUUGAGAAACUGUGGUACCAAAGACCAUUGUCAGGCCAAGCCCUCAAAAAAUGCUAGUGUACAUGACUUCUCCAAGAUUGAAAUAUAUAGGGAAAAUCCAUGCUCCUGCGACGACAGGUGCAUUGAAUAUGGUGACUGCUGUGAGGACCGGCUGAACGAGUUGGAUCACGACUACAAAUACAAAGGAAUCAAAAACAACUGGACAUGCAAGAACAUAUCCAGCAAAGAGUUUGUAUUUAUGGUGACAGAAUGCAAGAGAAACAGUGUCCUGGCAACAUUAUGUUCAAGAAAAGGAGUAACAGACUAUCAUUACAUGCUAGAUGUGCCAGUUUAUAGCAAGAAAACAGGAAUUAUGUAUGGUAAUAUAUAUUGCUCUAUUUGUCACAAUGAUUUUAAAAACUUGGAAGGUGCGAACAUGACGAUCAUGUGUACAGAUGAGAGCAUUACAAUAGAAGAUAUAAACAAUAGAGGGGAAUACUGGCCGGGGAUGAACAUGUGGACGAUUGGAAAUGAAACAUGCAAAAUCCAGACAGAGUGGAAUAUGAAAAUUAAAAGAAGAAAAUGUGUUCCAUCUGUCAGUGAAUGUCCAAAAACCUGGGACAAUUGGCUCGUUUCAUCAAAAUGCAGGGGCUACAAACAAUUAGUGCAGGAUCAAGAUGGCAAGAUAUAUAAAAAUUCAUACUGUGCAGUUUGCAAUGGUGUAGAUCCCGCCUCCAUCCGAUGCUGGCACAGACUAGACUAUCGCGUAUGGCCGCACAUUCACCCAAAUCCAUCCUUGUCAAUGAUUAUGAAUUUCAAUUGGGAUUUCAGUUCUUGCGAGCUGCCAGAAGUUUGGGACGGGCUUUUGUCGUUAUGUCGUGACAUUUCCUGCCAUCACCAGAAUCAGCGGUGUCCCAUGUCCAACAUUUUAUACGACAACCUGAUCGCUUCACAAAUCGAGGGCUAUCUCACAAUGACUUGCCUCAUGAUUUCAAUCAUUUGCCUCUCAAUGCACAACAUUAUAUACUAUAGCUUGCCAAAACAGCAGAAUUUGCCAGCACAAAUUCUUAAAUCACUUUCAUGGUCUUUACUUCUGGCACAGGUGGUUUUUCUCGUCGGUGUAACUCCUGUUAUAGAAAUAUCACAUAUAGUCUGUCAAGGGAUUGCUAUCAUGGUCCAUUUCUUUUUCCUCGCUUCUUUUUUCUGGAUGAACACAAUGAGCCUAGAUAUUUGGCGAACAUUCUCAAGUUCUUACUUAUCACAUUCAGCAGCCAGGAGUUACUUCAAUUAUUCAAUCUAUGCAUGGGGCGUCCCUUUGGUUCUGGUCAUGAUAUCUGUGGUUUCUGAUCUUACCAGUGCGAUACCAGAAGAAUACAGCCCUCAGUAUGCCAAUCUCCAGGGAGUCUGUUGGUUUGCAAGUAGAUUCGGUUUAGUCAUAUUCUUUUAUAUCCCAAUUUGGUCUCUUCUCUUAGUCAACACUGUAUUAUUCAUUCACACACUCAGCUGUUUUCAAAAACAAUCUUACCGUGCAGAACUGGGCACUGCUUCUGGGAGAAAGGAAUACACUAGAUUUUCGCUCUAUCUCAAAUUGUGGACAAUCAUGGGCCUCUCAUGGGGUUUUGGCAUGGUUGCUUCGCUGGCCAAUAUUCCAGAUUUUUGGUACCCUUUCAUCAUUCUUAAUGGACUUCAAGGUGCAUUCAUUUUCAUAAUGUUCGAUCUCAAACAGAAUAUAAUGGAGAUGGUAAUUGACAAAUUUAAAAUUGACCUUCCUCAAUUUAAAAAAGGAGUCUCAACCCAAAUAACUAAACUCAGUUCUUCUUCGUUGUUUUCAAAAGACACUGGAACUAAAAUUUAAUUUAUUCAUAGGUAAAACAAAAAUAUUUACAAAAUUAAUUGACACAUAACACAUUUAACAUAAAAGUUUUCUACUAUUUAUGUCUUUUAUGCAUCUAAUGUAGUAUACUAAUAAUAACAUGAAACUUAUAUUUGAAACUAAUAUUUUACUGUUUUUAAAGUAAUUUUAUAAACGUUUAACAAAAACUGAAAUAUAAAAGUUUUAACAUAGGCAGAGCUUUUAGAAAUCAGAUAAGCAAGCAUUUACAAAAUAACUGGAUAAAAAUUUUAAUCAUCCUUCUUUCGUACAAUGAAUAAUUCAAGCUUUUAUGAACAAUUUCAAUUCAAUUCUGUCUUAGUUUUGAAAAAGAAAACUAGUUUAAAAUUAGGAAAAUGAUUUUGAAAU